AUGUCGCGUUUAGUGGCUGAAGCCAGCCACACUCGAGAAGCUCAGCUUAAAGCUAGUUAUUCCAUGGUGCAGUCAAUUUUCAGUGAAUUUUUGGAUCUCUUGGCUCUGGUUGGAAUUGUUUCGAUAGUCGUUCGCUAUUUACAGCUGGAUCUGGCCAUUCAAGAUCUUACAGGAGAGUUUCGAUCCCGAUUCAGCUGUUUGAGGUCGGCUUCCGUUUCUUUGGGACUCGCAAGCAUGCUUGGAAUUACGCUAGUGAGCAAUUUUCGGCAACCGAACCAUCAGAAACAUACCGAAGUGCCUGGUAUUGUACACUACAUUGGUCGAACUGUGGUUGGAGUUUGUGGAAUAACAUAUUGUUCACUCCAAACCGUUAUCACCUACUACCUCAUUAAACCGCAAACAAAUACCGUCAAGCUUUUCGCGCUGCGCCUUGCAACAUCGAUUCUUCUAUGCGUCAGCGGUCUCGUGCACGUGUUUAUGGACGUGUGGCUUGCGGCACAACUUUUGAAAGGAACAGCCAAUGCUGAAAAACAGAUGCAUUCUAACUUGAAGGACGAAGAAGACAUCAUGUUCUCUAUUUAUAAUAUCAGUGACUGGUUGACUUAUGUACUUUUUGCUUUGUUUUCAUCAACUUAUUAUGUGGAAUUUCGCCGUUUGGAUCGUUUGGAAAUGAGCUGUUUUCAAAAACAUUCUCCAGAAAAGAAGCCGACUGAAUGGAUUCAGAACAAUUAUACGAAACUGAAACACGAAGAGAGUGAAAACUCUGAUCUAGAAUAA